UGCUUCUCUCCCCCCUCUGUUCUGUUAUGUUCUUUUCCCUUCUGCCUAUUUUGUUUCUCACUCUCUCUCUCUCUCUCUCUCUCUCUUUAAAAUCUAAAAGGUCUCGCUCUCUCCAAUUGAGCUCGUAGACCAUCAGAUCAGAACCCUCGUUGGAACUUGCCACAUUUUAUUAUCUGUACGAGGAUCAGCACUAGGAGUUGACGAUUUUCUUCCCAAAAUCUACACUUAAAUGACCACGCAAUCUGUUCUCUCCACUUACGAAAUCCUGCGAUCCAACUCCAUCAUUUUCCUUUCUUUUCCUUAAUUCCCUCCAUUAACCCACAAGUCACCAACUUUCUCCCCCUCUCUCUUUUUCUCUCUUCUAGUUCACAAUUGAUGAACAGGGCAUUAGCAGAGAUGUUAGAUUGCCUUCAUUCGCCGGAGUACUCCGCCGGAAACGGCGUAGACUUGAGUGCCCUGGAGAGACACGGAGCGAAGUUGAAAUGGCUGCAGCAGCAACAGCAUUAUAAUUAUCAGCAGCCUCAACAAAACUACGUAACGCAGAACAUAUUAAGUGAAUUUUGUUACCACCAAGGGCCUCAGUUCGAUGAUUUAGAACAUGUUUUAGAAGAUUUUAACAAUUUACCGAUGAUGGGGGCCGAGUCUUUGGGAGAUUUUACCAUGCGGUCUGUGCCACCGCCGGGGAUUUUGAGUAGUUCUGUUCAGGUGAUUUCAGGGACUGCGAUGAUGAGAGAAGCAGAGGUGGCGGCCGACAGACCCAAGAAGAGAAAAACGGAGUUUGAAGUAACAGAGAACAGUAAGGAAAAAAGGAUCAGGGGAAAUGCAGAAGAGGUGGAAUCCAAGGUCAUUGAACAGAGCAAUACUAAAGAAACUUCAACUGAUACUUCAAAGGAGACUUCAAAUUCAAAGGUUUCUGAGACACAGAAGCAAGAUUACAUUCAUGUCCGGGCACGUCGAGGCCAGGCCACAGAUAGUCACAGCCUAGCAGAAAGAGCCAGGAGGGAGAAAAUCAGUAAGAAGAUGAAGUAUUUACAAGAUUUAGUCCCUGGGUGCAACAAGAUCACAGGCAAGGCAGGAAUGCUUGAUGAAAUCAUCAAUUAUGUCCAAUCUCUUCAAAGACAAGUAGAGUUCCUGUCAAUGAAACUUGCUGCUUUGAAUUCAACUCCAGAGUUCAACAUUGAUAAUGCCACGGCAAAAGAAUUUCCUGCGUAUACGGACAGUUUUCUAGCAAUGCCCAAUUUGGCCUAUCCUCAGUUUAAUUCAGGACAACGUAAAGCCCCAAAUUGUGGGUUCAAUAUGCCCACAAAUCUCACUCAAACUGCGCCCCAAAGGACCACAAGUUCUUCUGCCUCUAUCCCAGAAAUGUUCGUCGAUUCGGCGUGCUUCUUGCAACAUCAGCCCUUCUCAACUUCAGAAUCUGAUAUGCAGAGCCUUUACAAUCUGGAGUUCCAUCAGGGGAGAUAAACAUAAACUGGUCUUAGUGCUUUCUCAUCUCCACUAAUUGCAGGCAAAAGCAACAAUUCUCUAAAGCAGAGUGUGAAGCAGAGAGAGCUCGAGAACUGGGGAACUGCAUUUUGCAGGCACUCGCCUAAUUAACAUUCUCAAGAUGGAGUUUUUCUUUUUCUUUUUUUCCGUAAUUUAAGUGAUCCUGAUAAUUUUUCUGUAAAAAAUUUUUUUUCCUGCAUGUAUAGCCAAACUCUAUUCUGUACAUAUACCAAUCAUCAAAAUUUUCAAUAUUUGCAUUAUAUAAUAACUCUGUUUUAUGUGUGAA